AUGACCACAACUACAGUGCAACAACCUAUUCGUAAGUCUAAUCGCAUUAGAUCUUUAACUGCUAAAGCAUCAACUAACAAAUUUACCUUUUUAGUACCACAAGAACAACAGCCACAACAACAGUCUAUGCAUAACAAAAGAUCUAAUGACAAUGUUCCACACCAACAGUCCAAUACAAAGAGAAGAAAGAGAUCAUACAUUGAAGAGGAAGAAGCAUUACAUAGUAAAGACAAGAUUGACCCUGUUGAAAAAUUACUUUCAUUAACUAGUACAAACAAUGAUUUCUUGCUGGAUAUAGAAUCAUCAUCAGAUACUACAACUACACAACCACCACUACCACCACCACCACCACAACAACAACAAAAGCUGGGUAAUAUACAGCAACAGCAAGUAUCACCUCAACAUCCACAUUAUGCAUACGAACCUGAUAGCGAAGAAGAAGAGGAGGACGAAGAGGAGCAGGAAACAGUUGGAAUUGCCUCGGUCAAUUUUACUGAGAUAUUGAAUGAUAAUAUAAGGAAGUACUAUAGAAACAGAUUACAGAAUCAAUAUAAAGAUUCAUUUGCAUUGUUGAAUAACAACAGAGACCACCACAAUCAAACACAGCCACAACAACCAACUUCUUACCUACAGCAGUCCGAGUCAGCAUCGGCAUCCACAUCCUCAUCUGUACCAUUUUUCAGAAAUGUCAACUUUGGUUAUCCUAAGAAGGAGUAUUCGGUUGAAGAUUAUUUAACUUAUGGUGAUGAAGAAGAAGAGGAAGAAGAAGGUGGACAAUCACCAAAAACUACGAAUAUGGCCACUACCAAUAAUGUAUCUGAAUCAUCAAAUACAUCUACCACUUCAUUAUCCAGUCUAAUGUCUUUUGAAGAAGAAGAUGAUGAAGAAGAUCCUCGGUCACAAAUUGUUUCGCCAGUGUCGUCACCUUCUAGUAUUACUUCAUCCUUGUAUUCCCCAGAAAGUACCACCACCAACGCCACCACCAAAAAUGACACUACAUCAUCGCUCAAUUGGCAGAAACCAAAGAUUAAUUUCAACCUCUGGCGUUCACGUCACAAUAACAACAACAAUCAGAGUGGAUUCAACUUUGGCUCUGCUACUGCUGCUGCUAGUGGCUGUGGCGAUGUAACCAAUGCAUUGAAACAACAUAGUUUAUAUACAGCUACUAGUGAAAUGGUGUCUACUGGAAACUUUAUGAUUAACGAUUUUUACCUUUAG